AUGUCCCAUAAGACCAGUAUGGCUCGCCUCCGGGCGAACUCCUUGGCGAACAGCCGGCCGAGGCCGCUUCCAGCCCCGGUGAUCACGCACACCUGUCCCGCCACGCUCUUCUCCUUGGGCCGCACCACCCACUUCGCCCCGGCUUUGGAAGGCCAACCCGUGAAGGUCCAAAAUUCCUUAACCCACACAUGCGCAAAAGAAAAUUCCUCUUUCUCGGUGAUCGCAAUGGCGGACGCAGAAAAAAAGGUUCCGGCGGUCCCUGAGAGCCUUUUAAAAAGGCGAAAGGCCUUCGCCGCCAUGAAGGCCCAGCGUAUCAAGAAGAUUCUGGCUGAAAAAAAGGUCCGCAAGGUGACCAGGAAGCUGAUCUACAAGAGGGCUGAGAAGUACCACAAGGAGUACAAGCAGAUGUACAGGCGUGAGAUUCGCCUUGCCAGAAUGGCUCGCAAAGUGGGAAACUUCUACGUGCCAUCUGAACCUAAACUGGCCUUUGUGGUCAGGAUCAGAGGUAUCAACGGAGUCAGCCCAAAGGUCCGCAAAGUUCUGCAGCUGAUGCGUCUGCGCCAGAUCUUCAAUGGUGUAUUCGUCAAGCUGAACAAGGCCUCCAUCAACAUGCUGAGGAUCGCAGAGCCCUACAUCGCUUGGGGGUACCCCAACCUGAAGUCUGUGCGUGAGCUCAUCUACAAACGUGGCCAUGGCAGAAUGAGGAAACAGCGCAUUGCCCUCACAGACAACGCCCUGGUGGAAAAGGCCCUCGGCAAGUAUGGUAUCAUCUGUGUUGAGGAUCUCAUCCAUGAGAUCUACACAGUUGGCAAGAACUUUAAGCCCGCCAACAACUUCUUGUGGCCGUUCAAGCUGUCGUCACCCCGCGGUGGAAUGAACAAGAAGACCAAACACUUUGUGGAGGGAGGUUUUUCAUUGGACUUGAUGUACAAUAAAACAAUACGAAAAAGUGAUUUUGUCUUGUCUUUCUCAUUGAUCAUGCGUUAG